AUGCGAGACCUAGGCGUCAACGAAGACAUUUCCAUUCCACAAAUCGUCGUCGUCGGCGACCAGUCAAGCGGCAAAUCAUCCACCCUCCAGGCAAUUACACACACGCCCCUCGCCGUCAACAGCGAACUGUGUACCAGGUUCGCAACUCAAAUCGUCCUUCGACGGACCACUGAAGCUUCGGUGAAAGUUUCCAUCAUCCCUUCUUCCCGUACGGAUGAAGAGACGAAGCAGCACCUGUUGAAAUUCACGCGCGAAUUCUCGGAGGAGGAGUUUAAUGAAGAUGGUAUCUUUGCGGGGGUUAUUAAUGAUGCAGCAGAACACAUGGGUCUUCCUACCCCCGGUGCAGAGAGCAAAGACGGCUUCGACAAGAGGUUUUCAGGAGAUGUGCUUCAGAUCGAGGUAUUCGGGCCCAAGCAGCCUCACCUUAGUGUUGUUGAUGUUCCAGGGCUUUUUCAUAACGACACCAUCUACCAGACCAAGCAGGAUCUGGAGAUUGUUCGCUGCCUUAUGAAGGAUUAUAUGGAUAAUCCAAGAAGUAUCAUACUGGCCGUGAUGGAUGCUCGUGUCAACCUCUCCAACCAAGAAGUCUUUCGUCUGGCACGCGAAGCCGGUAAAGACGGCUCACGCACCGUUGGCGUAAUCACCAAAUGCGACGCUCUUCAGCGCGGAGACGAGAAGGAGGUUCUUAACAUUGCACAGAACGCCGUCGAAAAGUUGACGCAUGGAUGGUUUCUGGUCAAGAAUCGAUCAACUCAAGACCUUAACGACGGCGUCACCCUUCAGGAGCGAGACGUUAAGGAAAAGGCCUUUUUUCAGGCCGCCCCCUGGAAUUCGCUAUCAAAGGAGCGCGUGGGAGUCGAACCGCUUACACCCUUUCUUUCCAAUUUGCUCUUGAAUCAUAUUAAGAAGGAAUUUCCGGUGCUGUUGACUGAGAUUGAAGCUGUCGUGACCAAGACGCAAGAGCAGCUGAAUGGUUACGGAGAACCUCGUCAGACACUGUCUCAGCAGCGUCGGUUCCUGAGACGAGUGGCAACACAGUGCCAAAAGUUUGUUGAAAGCAGCUUGAAUGGUGUUUAUCUCAAUGAUACGGAGUCUCAAAUCCCUGCUACAUUGCGAUGGCGCAUACGUACAGAAAACGACGCGUUUGCGAAAGACUUUGCCAAACGGGGACACAAAUGGGUCUUUAAGAAACCCGACAACCAAGAUGACCCAGUGUUUGCCAGUCAUGAAAACGAAAAGCUACCUCAUAUAAAGGAUAUUUACUUUUGGAUUCGCAAGCUUCACAAUGAAUUUAAAGGGAUUGAGCUUCCAGGAACUGUGAACCCUCAAUUGAUUACGAUUAUCUUCCGCAAGCAGACUGAGCCAUGGGGAAAGCUUUCAACGACUCACCUGUCCACCGUCAAGACUAUUGUUGAUCAAUAUCUCAAGUCCACCUUACAAAAGUCAUUCAAGAUUCAUACACACUCAAAAGCUGAUGAAGAGUUGCAAAAACUUUUGGGAGAUGAGCGUGAAGGUGUCUUGCAGACAGUGAAUCAUUAUCUUGCGGGGACCUUGGAGAAAGUACGCUCUGAUCGUGAAGCACAGCGGCUGAAAGAUGCUGGGUACCAGGAAGGUGUUGAAUAUAAGUUGAAGUUCGAAAACGUGCCCAAGCUUAGAAGAACCAGCAACGACACCAGUGCUGUUCACAACAUUCACGACAUCGUCAAGUCGUACUACAAAGUUGCUAUGAAGCGAUUCCUGGACAAUGUUAUUAUUCAAGUUGUCGAGCGUCACGUCCUUGGCCUGAACACCCCUCUGCGUCUGUUUUCUUCUGAUUUUGUGGAUGAUCUCGAAGAUGACGAGAUCAAGUUCGUUGCUGCUGAGAGCUCUAGUAUCAGCAUGGCUCGCUCGGAUCUUACCACGAAGCUUGAACGCUUACAGAAGGUGCUGGAUAUUGCGCGUGGUGUUUUGUGGAGCUACUAG